AUGGCGAAAGAUGGUAGAAACAUUCGGAGGGAGAUCAGACGUGGGGUUCCACAGGGCUCGGUGCUGGGACCACUACUGUGGAACCUCGCGUACGAUGCGGUUCUGCGAGUCGACCUUCCCGCUGGCGUAAAUAUCGUGUGCUAUGCCGACGACACCUUGGUGAUCGCCAGCGGGAUAACUUUCGAGAGAACCAAGGAGCUCGCCGAACUUGGGGUGGAAGUCGUCGUCGCCAAAAUCCACGAGUUGGGUCUAGAAAUAGCGCCUCUCAAGACCGAGGCCCUAUGGUUCCAUAAAUUACCACGGGGCAGGGAACCACCCAACUCGUGCGUCCGCGUGGGUGGGUCCGAAGUCAGAGUGGGGAGGUACAUGAAGUACCUAGGCCUCCACCUUGACAGUCGCUGGGGCUUCGAAGAACAUUUCGAGCGCCUAGUCCCCCGGAUCGAAAGGGUGGCGGGUGCUAUGCAUAGACUGCUGCCCAAUCUAGGGGGACCGACGGAGGAAGUACGUCGCCUCUAUGCAGGAGUUAUACGGUCCGUAGCUCUGUAUGGAGCGCCUGUAUGGGCAAAAAGGCUGGCCAUCCGACGCUGUAGAACUAAAAUUUACAGUGUCCAGCGAAGGAUGGCCAUACGGAUCGUACGAGGAUACCGCACCAUAUCCUUUGAGGCGGCGACAAUCCUGGCUCGCUUUCCACCACUAGAUAUACUGGCGGAGAUGGACGCGAGGGUGUGCGACCGAAUCCGUGCCCUCCGCCAGAGCGGUGGUAGCGAGCCAGAAGAGGCGCUCGAAUCAGUUAAACGGCAGGAACGACAAAACGCCCUAGCGACAUGGCGCACUCGAUUCGAUGAGCGCUAUGAAUACAAACGCGUCAUUGGAGCAAUCCUGCCGGUUUUCGAUGCCUGGAUGCAGCGACGAGUAGGAAGACUCACCUACAGACUUACACAGAUAAUUACCGGGCAUGGGUGCUUCGGUGACUAUCUGUGUAAGAUCGGACGCGAGGCGACGGCGAACUGCUUCCACUGUGGUGGACAGGACCAGGACUCCGCUUCUCAUACGCUCGCAGUAUGCCCAGCGUGGGAACGGGAGCGGACAAUCCUGGUGAACCGCAUUGGACGAGACCUCUCCCUGCCAGCAGUCGUGUCGGCGAUGCUGAGCGGGGAUUCGGCGUGGAGGGCCGUAGCCACCUUCUGUGAAUCUGUUAUAACUCAGAAGGAGGCUUCUGAGCGGGAUCGGGAGAGGGCGGAUCCCGCACGGAGACGACGUCGCCAAGGCGUUCGUCACGGCCCUCCUAUUGAAAACGGUGUUCCCCUACCAGAAACGGGGCCUCCGGGGUUGCAGACGCUCGGGGCGGGGGCCUCGAGCGUCUAG